UGUUGCUGUUGGAGUUGUGUUCAGCUCAAACUGUGGAGGUCUUAUAUAUGAAACAGGAAAUGCACACACCCGACCCACCUCACAGAUAAGCACAAGAGCAACAAUCAACAAAGCAAAAUGGUUGUGUGGACAGACUUUGAGCGCACCACAAUCCAGGACAUCUUCUCCAAGAUCAACUAUGCAGUCGUUGGGCAAGCAGCUUUUUCCAGGUGUUUGACUGUCUAUCCCUGGACUCAGAGGUAUUUUGGUCAAUUUGGAAACCUCUACAAUGCUGCUGCUAUUGCAUCAAAUCCAAAAGUUGCUGCUCAUGGAAAAGUCAUCAUGGAAGCUCUGGAAAAAGCAGUGAAGGACAUGGACAACAUCAAGGCCACAUAUGCAGAGCUGAGCGCGCUGCACUCUGAGAAACUGCAGGUGGACCCUGACAAUUUCAUGCUCCUGGGCGACUGCUUGACCAUUGUGGUUGCUUCCCAGUUGGGUAAAAACUUCACUGCUGAGGUUCAUGCAGCUUUCCAGAAGUUCCUGGCAGUGGUGGUGUCCUCCCUCAGAAGACAGUACUACUAAAGAGCUGCAGAUGCCCGUCACAUGCUCUGUUAUUAAUUGUGCCUCAAUACGUUUUUAAAAAAAUAAAAUAUUAAACAACUUCAGAAAGUU